UAGUGGUCGGCCUGUAACUCUGCGCUAAAUACUAUAGGUAUUAGCGUUGUAUUAGAAAGUGUUGUGCUAAUCAUAUUCCAAGGGUUGUUUAGUUUUCACAUCACUUCUUCUGUGAUAUCGUCAACGGUGUUGUAUCUCGAUCAUCGGCAGAACAGAAUCAAACGGAGGAUGAAAUGUGAAACUUAUGCUCCAUAGUCGCGGGGGUGUAACAGUUUUGACAGUAGUUGUUAUUGUGGCCAGACAUUUGGCAUUGAUGCAUUACUGGAGUUGAAUGUUGGGUGCAUGGAUUGGAAGCGUGCACCGCGACUACGCGAAUAGAUGCCGCUAAGCCCCAUGGCCCAAGAGGAUGCCCUAGGGGUGCCUGGGGGCGUGAAUCCAGGAACAAGUGCACAAAUAAUACCAACCAGCUGCAACCCGCCUCCGUCCUAUCAUAAUAUAAACCUCUCAAUUGGUCACUCGUCCAUACUAGCUAGCGAUCGUGGAGCACCACCUUCCUAUGAGGAAGUUAUUGACCCUAAUGCACCACCGCCAUCUUAUGAUUCAUUAUUUGGUCGAAUGAGAGAGGCGCACAAGACCUCUAAGGGUGUAUUUGACUUUUUUAAAAACAUCAUCGUUCUUCUUCUUGGUACAAUUGGAUGCACAAUAAUACUUGGUGUGACGAUAAUUAUCCCCAUUUGUAUGAUGGUCAUCGGUGGACUUUACUUGUACGAUUGCCCACAAGGCGAAUACAUUCCGGUAUAUUUACUAGUAGGAGGUGGAACUGCACUAUUCAAACAGUUAUUGCACCUUUCUGUGAGAGUACGUGAAUGUCAAGAGGAACGUGAUGAAGAAAGAGUAAGACAAUCUUCUACCCAGACCUUGAUCAACUGCUUCAUGCUUGGCUGGUUUAUUAUUGGCUCCAUGUGGGUGUACAAGGAAUACCAGCCAAAUUACGAUCCAUCCCGGGGAAAAUACUGCAAUAAAACGCUAUAUUUAUUUGCCUUCUGGCUCAUAACUUCGGUCUACAUAGCAUUAGGACUUAUCACGGCCUGCUUGUGCAGCAUUUCCGUAGCUAGUAUUGCUUUCCAAAGGCCACCUCCUGAUCUCAUGAGGACCACACCGCCUUGAACUUCUUGGUACCAUGGAUUUCGAAAAAUAUCAAUUAUCAUUAUCGACUUGACUUUUUUCAGUUAUUUUUCAGUUAGAGUGAUGAAAAAUCUAAUACUCAAUCUUAUAUUAUUAAUGCACGGGCUUUUUCGAUUUAGAUGACGGGUGAUCAAGUGGUUGUGACUAAUUAUAAACAUGCAACACGUAUGCUAACACGCUUAAAUUGUUAUCUAGAUCACUUGCAGAGGAUUGAAACCUGCAUGACAAACCUUUACAAGUCUCAAAAUAACUCAGGUAGCUUUGUAUCUGGAUAUAAUUGACUUUGGUCACCCCAAAAGUGGCCUGCAAAUUGAAAAGUAGAAAUCCGAAGGUGCCCUAUAUAGAUGAUUUCACAUUCGUUAUUGUGAUGCGUGCAAGUUUGAUGUUUCAGAUAUGAGAGAGUGAAAAUUUCAAAACGGGGUAACUCAGAUAAUUUUCAUUCGUAUUCGAAAAAAUUAACGACCCUUGCAUCGGCGAAGAACAAUGACCUAAUUGUUUAAUAAUAUACGUACGACUCAUACUGUAUACCUAUAAACCGCAAUACUUUUAACUGCUUCCGUUUUACACAGAAGAUGAAGAAGCGUAACAUACAACUAGGAAUUGAGAUGAAAAUAAGGUACUAUUACUCCUGUUUUACCAAAAUUCGAACACAGAGUUAAACAAUCGAACUUUUGUCAGCACGCGCUAAUUAUAAAUAUUAAUUGAAAUCUUUUAUACUUAUGUCACAUGUACGUACGUACAAUGAUUAAAUUAAUUUCAUGCAUGUUAUUUGAUUUUUGUUAAUAGUAUACGUGAUUAUUCCAUUUUCUUUGACAUGUUAUAUUUCAUACGAGCAUGCGACAGUAAAUUACGGGAAGAGUUUUUAAACAAAUGGACGGUACGUAAAUCGAGCCACCCCUUAAUUAGAAAUUCUCAUUAUUACGGACUUGUGUUCCGUACUCCUGAUUCCGAAUGAUUAAGCUUUAUUGUGAUGAAUUGAGAUUACUAAUUUCAACAGAUAUCAAUAUAAAUAUUGAUCCUUAUCAAUAUCAAAGGUCAUAGAAAUAGGUCGUAGUCUUGUGGUGAAUGUCAAAUAAUUGUGAUUUAUAUUCAUGUUAAAUUUUUUUUUUUUUUUUCUGAACUAACAGCCAUACCAGUACCGUGUAGAACAUAUGUUAUGUUAAUCACCAGACUGACCGCAGUUAAUAUGUGACCCUCCUAUAUGAUAUUUACGAAAAUAUUAAUCAGCACGUCGGAAGAUUACCUGCUGCAUGUGUGAUAUGUAUUAUUGUUCACUGUGGCAAUCAUCAAUGUCAUAAUUCAGUUUUAUUUCAGUAAUCGGUGACAUUUAUUAAUACAAUUUCAACGGCUGAUUAGACAUUACAAUCGAAUGAUUGAAUGCAUUCUUCUCAUUUACAUUAAUUUCUUGAUUUGAGCAAUCUUGUGGAUACUAUUUACGAAAAAUAUAGCUCUUCAAUUUUGUGCUAAGGCUAUCGCGAAGUUCAGUUGAACCUAAUUUAUUACUACGAAAAGAUUAUUAUACUACGAUUACUUUUAAUUUUAUACUGAUAGAAAAUUACGUAAAUGUUGUACAAAGCUGACAAAGAAACAAUUUGAACGAUUCAAAUAUCCAAAAUAAAUGAUGAAAGAUUCA